AUGCCUACAGGAGCCCCGACUACCAAACCCACACCAAAUCCUACACGCAGCCCAACAGCAAGCCCAACACGUCAACCAACUGCAGCUCCAACUCAAACUCCUACAAAAGUUCCCACUGCAAGGCCAACAAGGGCGCCCAAGGCUGUGCUUGUGCACUUUGAUUCUCUUCCAACAGUCGCACCUGCUCGAAAUACAGAGAUUUUCAGCAAUUUGAACAAUGAACUAGUCCUCAAUCGUAACUUUUUGUACAGCUCAUACACAUCUCAUCCAGGAGAUUCCGGCUAUCAGGCCCUUGCUGCAAUUGGAUCUUCUCCCAACCAUGGUGUCCUCUGGCCCUCUGCAUGGGGAGGACCAGAUGCAGCAUUCUCCCCAACAGCAGCUGGGGCUACAAUUUCUCUGACGUCCUUUUUGACAUCUCCGAGGUAUCUCAACGCCCCUCAAGAUGUCACUGUCACAGGCUUUGAUGCAAAUGGAGUUGCAGUUGCUAGCCACAGAUAUACAGCUGACUCUGCCAAGACCAUUCAACUUGAUGGAUUUGACAGGCUUAGCCGCAUUGAGUUUAACAAUGCUGGUCUUGUGGCUGUUGAUGACAUGAAUGUUGUGAUCCAUUAUGAUUAG